AUGUUUAAAUAACAUUCAUUCUCUAAGAUAAUCCCAUUACUUGAUAAAACACGUCAUAAAGGUUAAAAUGGUAAGAUAGCAAGUAUAGGUGGAGCAUUUGAAUAUACAGGAGCUCCAUAUUAUGCAGCCAUAUCCUCAUUGAAAGGAGGAGGAGAUUUAGCAUAUAUCUUUUGUACUAAAUCAGCUGCAAUUCCUAUAAAGAGUUAUAGUCCUGAAUGCAUAGUCUAUCCUUAUCUAUUAGAGGAAGGAGAAGAAUAAUAAUUAGAGACUGCCAUUAAUAAAUUAUUGUCUUCUACUUAGAUAAUGCAUUCAUUAGUCAUUGGUCCUGGAUUAGGCAGGGAACAAAUAACCAGCAAAGUGUUAGAAGAACUAUUCAAAUAAAAUAAUAGUAUCAAAAUAUUGGAUGCUGAUGCAUUAUGGCAUAUCUCUUAGAAAAAGAAUAAAUUAAUUAAUAUUAUCAAAGAUAAGAGUGAUUAAUUUAUAUUAACUCCAAAUGCAAUGGAAAUAAAGAGAUUAUUAGAAUAUUUUGAGAUUGAAUAUAUUAAACCUGAUUAUAAUUUCAUUAAUGUUUUGAAUGAUUAAGAUGUAAAUUAUAAAUAAAUUGGUAUUGAAAAUGGAUAUCCAGGAUUAAUGGCUGAAUUGAGUAGGAAAUUAAAUAAUGUAAUAAUUGUAUCUAAGGGAUAAAAUGAUAUUAUAACAAAUGGAAAAGUGGGAUAUGCAAUUAAUAUAGAAGGUUCUAAAAAGAGAUGUGGAGGUUAAGGUGAUAUUUUAAGUGGUUUAAUUGGACUCUAUUCUUAUUGGUCUUAAGAUUAUAAAAUAGACAAGAUUGAGGGAUGUAUUUUAGGAAGUGUAGUAACAAGAAGAGCAGCCUAAAUGGCAUCAAUUAAAGAGCAUUAUUCAUUGACAACUCCUAAGAUUAUUGAUCAUAUUGGAGAUGCUCUUUAUUCAAUUGUUUAAGACUAAUGA